AUGGCUUGGGCCUUCGCCACCAUUGCGGCAUCAGUUUGCACGUUGUCGCUCCACUUGUAUUGCUGGUUGCAAAAUUGUGAAAAUUUCUCUAGCGUUGUGGGUGCUGCUGCUGUUGCAUUUAAAUUGGUUUGUCCAAAUCGACAGUCCGAGGCUCCAGCUGAUGCAGUCGCAACCCCACCUCUAGAUCAGCUCACCAUCCAACCAGUUACACUUAGUUAUGUGACAGUUUUGAUUCAUUCUACAGAAUAUUGGAACUCUGGAAUGACCAAAUCUCAAUUCUGCUUCAAAGUUGACUGUUAA